AGGUAUGUCAAGACGAAGGCCGUGUUUUGGAAGUUGCUUCGUGAACAUCAUAUGCGAUCCUGCGAUCUAGCGUAUGUUCAGCACCAUGUUCAGCACGGUGUAAUGUUCUAGCCACACUCAUAACGGUGUGUUCAGCUCGGUUCAGCUCUUCAGCACUCUUCAGCCUUCCAUGGCCUUCCGUUGAAAUCCACUGAAAGCCGAGCCGGUGGUCAUGCGGUGGUUACUGUAUGAUAGCAUAUAAUGGGGUCAGGUGUUCUGUGAUAAGGUCGCGUGUGUAGAGGCACCGUAGUAACAGUAGUGCUGUAGUAUUACAUCAGCAGGCCGUACCCGCAUGUACCCGGCUGCACGAGGUAUAAGAUGAUCAUAAUUAUGUAUUUCUGGCUUUAUGGCCGGACUAUUUGGUCAAUUCCGUGGUUUGAACUCCCCGAUUCCCCUUCGGAUGACAAGGUUCAAUUUUUUUUUAUGUAGCUGAGGUGCCUCUGCGUUACAGACUGUCAUCCGUUAUGCACAGCGUUCGCACGCGGUGUACAUAUGUAUACGUUACUUUCGUAACAUUCUAGUGAGUGGCACAUUCUUCCAAGUGGGAUGCACGGCCCACCAUGUUUCUACGUCCCAGCCAUAUGUUUUGUGUACUUGCGUGCUUGUUAAUCGACCAUGUACUCGAUUAUGCGAAUCGGUGUGGCAAUAGCAGCACUAGAGAGACUGACAUAAGACAUUCUAAGCGGGCCCCGGACGAGUCGUCAAGCUCUGUGUGGUGUCGUGGCCCAAACCAUACCGUGAGAACAUGCAUUUUCAGGAACUUGUACUACCGAGGAGACACCGGAGAUUUCGUUUUUCUUCACGGCCCGGAAACGACUCUUCUUGGUGACCUAAACGGAAGAAACGAUCCAGCGCUUACCGAUUUGUCGUCUGUAAGCGGGCACGGGGCGUUUUACUUCAAUUUCGUGGACUUGCCAGUGUCGACGUUUUCACCGCUCCAUGUUGUGGAUGUUCGCAGUGACACAUUUGUGGCCAGUCGCUUCAACCCAGACAACCUGAUGCAUGUGUUUCACGAUGACCUCAUUCCAAUAUUUUCAACUGUUCGAGAGAUACGUAGUUGCAGCAAUAGUGAAGAGAUACUGCACUGCCUAGACAACAUUACGCUGUUCCUGGUUGAUGAAAGACGAAAGGGACCUUACUGGCAGCUGUACAAAGCCCUUGUUAGAAAUCAAAAGAUAUUGUAUAAAAGCCAAAUGUCUAAGUGGUAUCGCUUUAGAAGGGCUAUUGUUGGAUUACGAAAGGACAGCACAUGGUAUCAGUAUGGUUUCGUGGUCCCACAAGGCCCUCUAAACACUAACCUAAGGACGGCUGGGGCAGAAGUCAGUCACUUCGUUCGUUUUUUCCUUCAUGCGCUUGAUGUGCCACUGACAUCAAAGAUACACAGAAGUCAUGCACUCAUAAUAUCAAGAACCAAAACCAGGCUAAUUACAAACCUAGAUGAGCUAGUGCACAUGGUGCAGCUGCACACUAAGCUUACACCUGUAGUCAUUGAUCUUGAAAGUAUAUCUAUGCAGGAUGUAGUAAUUUUGCUGAGGGACACACAACUUUUGAUAAGCAUGCAUGGCUCGGCAUUGAUAUUGUCAAUGUUCUUGCAGCCAGGAUCAUCAGUGUUGGAAAUGUUUCCAUAUGGCAUUAAUCCUGACAACUACACUCCAUACAAAACCCUUGCAAAUUUUCCAUCAAUGAAUAUUGCCUAUGCAGCAUGGAGAAAUACAAACAAGACCAAUGCAGUAUUUCACCCCGAGUUUGAACCACAUUAUGGUGGAAUAUAUCAUUUGCCACUGGAAGCCCAACAGCAGAUAAUCCAAAAUGAAGAAGUUCCACCACACCUGUGCUGUGACAAUCCAGACUGGCUUUUCCACAUUUAUCAGGACACAGCAGUUGACACAUCAAUUGUGCCACUGCUUGUCAACCUAACUGCUGAACAUGUUCCAGCACACCAUAACCUUAAAGAAAACAUUUUUCCAGGACCGGUUAUGGGACUGGAAUGUGAAGUUCAAAAAUAUUCUGAAGGCAAUGCACAGCUGUUAGUUAACUGGCAUGAACCAUGGAAUAUAGCAUCAGUUAGUUUUGAGCAUUGUUACUAUGAAGCAUGGUUAAAGAAUGGUGCUGAGGUUGAAAUGAUUCAUACAAAUGUCACCGUUUUUGUCAGGAACAUUACUACCAAUCCCCUCUAUGUAUGGGUAAAAGCUGUCUGCGAUGGAAAAUCUGGUGGCUUUAAUGCAUUCCCUCCCAGCUGCAAGGACAUCACCCAUUGACAACUUUCACAGUAAUUGCAUGGCAGCACGUGCAUGCUAUGUAAUGAAGUGUUUUCGAAUAGUUGGCCGAACAACACCAUGCUGAUAGUGGUAUGUUUGACAGAAAGUAGAGGGUGUCCAAAGUGCAGUAUUCAAAGUUUUUUUUAAUAAAUAACAAAUAAAUGUGGGCUCAGCAGUCCAAGCUUACAUUGAAGUUGUUCUGCAUUGCUAUGCUUCAUGUUUAAAGGUGUACCAAUUUUUUCUUUUAGCCCCUUAACUGCCGAUGACGAGUUAACUCGUCAUGGUAAUGGUUGCACUACCUUGCAGUUUUGAUGCAUGUAAUUAAUAGACAAUGUCUUCUGCUAUUUUUUUAAUGAGACCAGUAAAAGUGCUGUGGGCAUUCCUGGAUUUCUUUUUUUUUAUACGGCAAAAUGCUGCUUUUUUUUUUUUAAUAUGCACUCAAUUUUUCAAAAUUUAUCAUUGUAGAUAAGGGGUUAAUGAAUAGCUAUUGGUUCAGUUGCUAAGGUAUGAAGUCUAAAUCUUUCCAAUGUUUUGGGUGUAUGCUUUCUCAUGUAGUAGCCCUGCAAUUGUAAAAAAAUGUGUCAGGUGAACUCAACAUGCCACAUUAGCACCUAUCACUACGGCCACUGGGUAGUCGUGAUGUUCAAAUAUUUUUCUCAUUUGACAAAAUGUGUCACAAAUCCUGCUGAAGAAGGUUUAGAAAAAGAAGGUGGUCAGCAAGUUCACAAUAGGAAAAAACCAAACAGAAAAUGAACCCUUCAAUUGCUGAGAGUUUAGCCAACUGGCUUUCAUCUUAAAUACAGCAGUAUGCCUUUCAUCGCUUGUUCAGCACUUCGGGGAAUUCCUGUGCAGGUACUUCACUGACAUUGUGUUAGCUUGUAAUCUUAUCCAUUUUCCUUGUAUCCAAAUGAAUGUCUAGAGGGUGAAACGUGUCUGCCAUUGGCAAGAGGACAGGUGGGGUGUUGCAGUACAACUCUCCAACAUACUUUUAUCUUUGCCACAGCAAUUAAAAAAAAGAAGAACCAAGUGUCAGUAGGCUUACAGUUUAGAAAUAUAUAUCGGUAGACAUUAUUGAUCAUGCUAGCGCAGAAAAGUGCCAGCAUCUUUAUGGUUGCAAAGAACCCUUUUACGAAUAAAAUUUUAAGUUUCCUUUAGCAUAUUAUACUCCUAC